CGCGUGGCUAGUCUUGUCAGAUGUAAACAAAGCCGGCGUGCGUUUGGUUAAACGCUAAAAUAAAGGUUAAAGCGAGCAAAGUAUUUGGAGGUUAUUGCGCAUUAUCGUUGUGUGGACUCUAGUAAUGACUGUCUAUCGUUGUCAGUGUGGGCGCGUCUGUUAUUUAAGCUAAAUCAACAAUGUUAGCUUGUUGUUGCUGCUUCUAGUGCUGCCAGGGCGCCCAUUUUACAGCACAGGGAGGUUGAUUCAACACUUAACUGACCCUUGGACCCUAAAAAAAACAAGCUUUAUCUUCCCUGCUUCACAAGUUGCUCCACCAAAACGGGAUCAUGAAGUUUUUGGACCUUUUUGGGCGACUAAAAUCCGUGGUUAUUGGAAUGAUUCAUGUUAAAGCCUUACCAGGUAAACAAAGACUGCACUGAGCAGUGACCUGCAAUGCUCAAAUGCACCCCCCUGGGUUGUAUGAAAAUGUCCCAAAUCACUGAAGAAGCAUGCAGGGAGGCAACAAUCUACCGUGAUGCUGGGAUUGAUGGUGUGAUCAUUGAGAACAUGCAUGAUAUCCCUUACUCGUUCUCUGUGGGCCCCGAGGUGACUGCCUGUAUGACGACAGUAUGCACCGCCGUGAGAAGCAUCUGUCCAAGCCUACCGCUCGGAGUGCAGAUACUGUCCUCUGCUAACCAGCAGGCGCUGGCCGUGGCGCUGGCUUCAGGUGUGGAUUUCAUCAGGGCCGAGGGUUUUGUCUUUUCUCACGUGGCUGAUGAGGGUCUCCUGAAUGCCUGCGCCGGAGACUUACUGAGAUAUCGCAAGCAGAUCGGAGCUGAGCAUGUGCAGAUCUUCACUGACAUCAAGAAGAAGCACAGCUCCCAUGCGCUGACAUCAGACGUGAGCAUUGAAGAGACGGCACGUGCCGCCGAGUUCUUCCUCUCAGAUGGACUCAUCAUCACGGGAGUGGCCACCGGAACGCAGGCUGACCCGCGGGAGCUCAGAGAGGUUUCCCAGUCUGUGAGGAUCCCAGUGCUAAUAGGAUCUGGAGUGACCUACGACAACAUUGAACGCUACCUCGAUGCAAAUGGAAUGAUCAUUGGUUCUCACUUCAAGGAGGGAGGCCACUGGGCCAACGCGGUCGACCCGGAGCGAGUGAAGAGGUUCAUGGGAAAGAUACGUGACCUUCGAAAAUGAGCGAUUUCAUCGCUUCAGUGCCUUAAACAUGUUUAAUUAGAUUGUGCAAUUACUGUGUGUAUACUGCCACAUUAAACACAUACAGCCGCCAACUUAA